AAUCACCGGCGGGCUAGGACAGGGGUGUGGGUGGGGGGGCCAUAGGGCUUGGUAAGUGAGGUUUUGGGGGGAAUCGGAAGGGAGGAAGGGCAGCUUGUUUCUGUUCUUUGGAGGACAGGUUGGCCGGCCAUGCUUUGAGGAAGCCUAAGGAUCUGGGCAGGUGGUGGUAGCGUGGCCCACUGGCCUCCAUUCUGGAGCCAUGGUCUCCCAGCUAAGCCAGUUACAGACAGAGCUCUUGGCUGCUCUAUUGGAAUCAGGACUGACCAAGGAAACCCUGAUCCGGGCCUUGAGUGAGACAGGACCCUAUGACCUGACGGGAGAGACCUCUGUGGACAAGAGGGAGCCCUGUGGCAGUGAGCUGGCUGAGCUCCCCAAUGGGCUGGGAGAACCACGGGGGUCUGAGGAUGACACGGACGAUGAGGGGGAGGAUUUCACACCCCCUAUCCUGAAGGAGCUGGAGAACCUCAGCCCAGAGGAGGCAGCCCACCAGAAGGCUGUGGUGGAGACGCUCUUACAGGAGGAUCCAUGGCGUGUGGCAAAGAUGGUCAAAUCCUACCUUCAACAGCACAACAUUCCCCAGAGGGAAGUGGUAGACACCACUGGCCUCAACCAGUCCCACCUGUCCCAGCACCUCAACAAAGGCACCCCCAUGAAGACCCAGAAACGGGCAGCCCUGUAUACCUGGUAUGUCCGCAAGCAGCGGGAGGUGGCCCAGCAAUUCACGCACGCGGGACAGGGCGUUCUGGCUGAGGAGCCCAUGGGAGAUGAACUGCCCACCAAGAAAGGGAGGAGAAAUCGUUUCAAGUGGGGUCCGGCCUCUCAGCAGAUCCUAUUCCAGGCUUAUGAAAGGCAGAAGAAUCCCAGCAAGGAGGAGAGGGAAGCUUUAGUGGAGGAGUGUAACAGGGCCGAGUGUAUCCAGAGAGGGGUGUCCCCAUCACAGGCCCAGGGUUUGGGCUCUAACCUGGUCACCGAGGUGCGUGUCUACAACUGGUUUGCCAACCGGCGGAAAGAAGAGGCCUUCCGACAUAAGCUAGCCAUGGACACGUUUAGCGGGCCUCAGCCUGGCCCUGGCCCUUCACUCUCAGCACAUGGCUCCCCGGGCCUCCCUCCCCCUUCCAUCUCUCCCAGCAAAGUCCAUGCUACAGGUGUACGGUAUGGCCAACAGCCGACAAGCGAGGCAGAAUCGUCGGGGGGCAGCGGCCACGGAGGGGGCAGCAUGGUAACAACCCCCACCGUCCUGCACCAGAUAUCCCCCCCAGGACUGGAGCCCAGUCACAGCCUGCUCAGCACGGAUGCCAAGCUGGUCUCAGCAUCUGGGGGGACCCUUCCCCCUGUCAGCACCCUGACGGCUCUGCAUAAUUUAGAGCCAACGCCCCCAGGGAUCAACCAGCAGCCCCAGAAUUUGAUCAUGGCCUCCCUCCCUGGGGUCAUGGCCAUUGGGGCAGGAGAGCCUUCUUCCUUGGGCCCCACCUUCACCAACACGGGAGCUUCUACCUUGGUCAUUGGCUUAGCCUCCAGCCAAGCCCAGAGCGUGCCCGUCAUCAACAGCAUGGGGAGCAGCUUGACAACCCUGCAGCCUGUCCAGUUCUCCCAGUCACUGCAUCCCUCCUAUCAACAGCCGCUCAUGCAGCAGGUGCAGGGUCACAUGGCCCAGAGCCCCUUCAUGGCCACCAUGGCCCAGCUGCAGAGCCCUCAUGCCCUCUACAGUCACAAGCCCGACGUCACUCAGUACACACACACGGGCCUCCUCCCCCAGACCAUGCUCAUCACGGACACCGCCAACCUCAGCGCGCUUGCCAGCCUGACGCCCACCAAGCAGGUGUUCAGCUCAGACUCGGAGGCCCCCAGCGAGUCCGGCCUACACACGCCCGUGUCUCAGGCUUCCGCCAUCCACAUCCCCAGCCAGGACCCAGUGUCCUCCAGCAGCUUGGUGCUGUACCAGGGCUCGGACCCCACCAACAGCCACAGCCAGCUCCUGUCCUCCAAUCACGGCGUCAUCGAGACCUUCAUCUCCACACACAUGGCGUCUUCCUCUCAGUAACCAUGGCGACCACCCCCCAAGGCCUGGGCUCUGUUGGGGAUGGGCGUUGCUUGCGAAGGGGCUGAGAGAAGUUGGAGCCCCUUGGACUCUCCCGACCCCCACUGCCCCGUGGGACAAGGACCUUUGGGAAAACUUUAAGCCCAAUGGUAGAAGGGAUCCUGCUGACCUUGACGCCAGCUCUUUCCUGCCAGCUUUGAAGGGUCAUAGGGUGUGAGAGCUGGAGGCAGCCUCGGGGAUCUGGUCCCACUCCAUUUCAUGGAGGGGCUGAAGAUGGUUGUUCCUUGGGCCACGUGGCUGGGACCCACCGGGGCCUCCGAUCUUUCCCCUGGGUCCCACCACCCUGGGAUCCCCAUCAGCGGGUCUCUGGGCCACCUGUUUCCCCAAGCUCAGUCCCCCUGGCCAGUGUCAGAGCCAGACCAGGGGCAGGGCAGGACGCGGCCGUCCCGGAUCCAGGUGCCACCACUAGCCUCGUGCCGCACAUGGGCCUGCGAGCUUGGCCUGGGCUCCCCAGCGGCAGGCAGACAGGGUGGCACGGGGGGCAGGCCCCUGCCCAGCCACGCUCCCCAGCCGUCCAGCCACGUCUGGCCACUCGCUUUCUGGAUGGCUCCCUUGCAGCCUUAGUUCUGCCAUCUCCGUCCAGCCACGGCUUUUUGCUCCUCUGCCCAGGCCCAUCAGGCACUUCUGUGUUAACCUCAGCUCCAAGCCCUGCUUCCCCCUCCACUCCCCCUGGGCUCCCCUGCCAGGAGCCCCAGGCCCUGGCAACAUUGUGAUCGAGGGAGACGUGGGACAGGGGUGGAGACCGGACCACGUGGGGAGACAGUUCCAGCCGGGCUGCGAGGCAAGAGGAGGGAGUCCCCAAGCUGAACCUCUGCUCCCAGAAGCCAGCAUUGCUCCCGAGUGGGAAGUGGCCGUCCAUCCUCGGGACACACUGCGGACCAAGGCCUGCCUUUGGGGCGAGGCUGCUUGGGCUCUGGUCACAUUCACAGUACAUACAGCCUGUGCCUGUGGGGACCCACGGCUCCCGAACAGGGAUAGGAAGGGAACGAAUAGGACACAAAUCUCUUGCUGCUUGCUCCCAAGCAGGGGAGGAGAGGAGCCUAUAAAUCUAUGUAUUUAACUUUCA